UUUGAUAGAAUAAAAAAAAAAAAGAUUUUAUAAAAAUUAGGCCAACCGUUACGUUACUAUAUUAUUUGCAGUCACUUUCUCCUUCUCUUUCUCUGUUAUUUGUUUGUUUUAUUCUGCGCCCGGAAGUAGGUACUAUUUAGGAUUGGUCAUCACCAGCUGCCUCAUUCACGCGAAAUCCUUCCAUUGCAGACUCUGUUUGCAAAAAUCUCUCUCAUUCUUCUCCUCUAUCGCCUCAUUUCUCUGUAGCUGCUGUGUCUUCUUAUAUUUCUGUGCUCUCUCAGGUCAUGUAACAAUCUUUUCUCUUCUGCUCUUCAAAGUUCUUUGUAUUGCUUCUCCCUAGUAUUUCUUCUGAAUAAUGUGAUCUUGGUUUAAGUGCUCUUGUUGCUUCUUUUUUCUGGUUUAUUAAUGCCCACUUGCUCAAAAUUCUUCUAAAGCAAUCUUGCAUUGAUUCCAAUCAUGGGUUCUCGUUAAAUCGUCUUGUCAAGCCAUCUGUGUAUAGUUCUGUUAAUGCCCAUUUGCUUCAAAUUGUUUUGAAAAAUUGAUAAUGUUGUGUUUGACAAUGGGUUUUCGUUAAUUUGGUUCUUUCUUCUCUUAGUCUCACUACUCUUUGGCCAGGAUUUUUGCUGUUUUUAGCAUUUAUAACUGUAACAUGUAAUUUGAAUCCAUCAGUUGCGUCUUCUUUUAUGUUAGUUUGCUUUUUGGCGGGACUUAGUUCACGAAUAGAAAGCCUUUCAUGAUAAUGAAAUAAAAAGUUUGUUCUAAUGGAUCUUUAUUUCAUUGAAGUCAAACGCUAACAAGAUCUGAGCAUAUGCAGAGCAUCUGUUCUUUCCGGUAAUUUAGACUCUUAUAUUUCAUUAUGGAUUCUGUUCGCUAACAUCCUUGAUUCUUAACCGACAGAUGGAAUUCAAGUGAUUUGAUUAUUGCUAACCGGUUACUUUUUUCUUCACUGCAAAUAUACCAAAAUCAUUCUUUAUAUUUUCCUUCAAAUGUAAAAUACAUUUGUCUACAGAAUUUUAUACUAUCCAAAAUGAUUAGUUUGGGCUUAUAUUCUUGUUUUUCAUUCUGGUCCUUGUGCCCAUAACUUCUUACUCUUUACAUUCACAUAUGCAAGCUUAGUUAUCGUAUUGGCCUCUCGAGUUAGAGUCUGCUGUUUUUAGUUUUAGUUGGUUGUUUGUGAACAAGAAAUUCAAAGAUAUACCUUCUUAUUCACCAAAACUUUGAACCAUAAUGGAGGAAACUUUUGUUCCCUUCCGUGGUAUAAAAAAUGAUCUCAAAGGAAGGCUUUUGUGCUACAAACAAGAUUGGACUGGUGGUUUCCGUGCUGGUAUCAGGAUCCUAGCUCCAACAACAUAUAUAUUCUUUGCUUCAGCAAUUCCAGUCAUAUCUUUUGGGGAACAGCUAGAGAGAAAUACAGGUGGAACUUUGACUGCAGUGCAAACUCUUGCAUCAACAGCACUUUGUGGCAUCAUCCAUUCAAUUGUUGGAGGACAACCCCUGCUCAUACUGGGGGUUGCUGAGCCAACUGUGUUGAUGUACACAUUUAUGUUCAACUUUGUAAAGGACAGGAAGGAUCUGGGGCCAAAACUCUUCUUAGCCUGGACUGGAUGGGUUUGCGUAUGGACAGCCCUGUUGCUUUUCUUGCUGGCAAUAUUGGGUGCGUGCUCUAUAAUUAACAGAUUCACACGUGUUGCUGGUGAAUUGUUUGGUCUGCUUAUUGCAAUGCUCUUUAUGCAGCAGGCCAUAAGGGGAGUUGUGGAGGAGUUUGGCAUACCGGAGAGGGAAAAUCCUAAUCAGACUGCACUCCAACCUUCUUGGCGAUUUGGCAAUGGGAUGUUUGCGUUGGUUCUCUCCUUUGGCCUUCUUUGGAAUGCAUUAAAGAGCCGUAAAGCAAGGUCCUGGCGCUAUGGGACAGGUUGGCUACGAGGAUUUGUUGCAGAUUAUGGAGUUCCACUUAUGGUGCUUGUAUGGACUGCAAUAUCCUACAUGCCAGCUAAGCAUGUUCCAAGAGGGAUACCAAGGCGGCUUUUCAGUCCAAAUCCAUGGUCAACUGGUGCAUACUCAAAUUGGACAGUUAUCAAGGAAAUGACUGAUGUGCCUGCUUUAUACAUAGUUGGAGCAUUUAUUCCUGCAACCAUGAUUGCUGUCCUCUACUACUUUGAUCACAGUGUUGCAUCUCAACUUGCCCAACAGAAGGAGUUCAAUUUGAAGAAACCAUCUUCCUAUCAUUAUGACCUCCUGCUGUUGGGAGCUUUGGUUAUUUUAUGUGGUCUCAUUGGCAUUCCUCCGUCAAAUGGUGUAAUUCCACAAUCUCCAAUGCAUACAAAAAGCUUAGCUACAUUGAAGCAUCAGCUUUUGCGAAAUAAACUUGCAUCAACAGUCCGAAAAAGUAUAAGCAAAAAUGCAAAUCUGGGUCAAUUGUACCAAAACAUGCAAGAAGCCUACAAUGAAAUGCAGACUCCUUUAGUCUAUCAACUGCCACCUUCACUGGGGCUGAAAGAGCUGAAAGAGUCAACUGUCCAAUUGGCCUCAAGGGCUGGCUACAUUGAUGCCCCUGUAGAUGAGACUAUUUUUGAUGUUGAUAAAGACAUAGAUGAUCUUUUACCAGUUGAAGUCAAAGAACAACGCCUCAGCAAUCUGCUUCAGGCACUGAUGGUUGGAGGUUGCAUUGCUGCUAUGCCUCUCUUGAAGAAGAUCCCAACUUCAGUUCUCUGGGGAUACUUUGCUUUUAUGGCCAUUGAAAGCUUGCCAGGAAAUCAAUUUUGGGAGAGAAUAUUAUUGCUUUUUACAGCUCCAAGUCGAAGAUACAAGGUAUUGGAGGAGUGCCAUGCGACUUUUAUUGAGACGGUGCCCUUCAAAACAAUUGCCAUUUUCACCUUGUUCCAGACAGUUUACCUGCUUGUGUGCUUUGGCAUAACAUGGAUCCCAAUAGCUGGGGUGCUUUUCCCAAUGUUGAUCAUGCUUCUGGUCCCUGUACGACAGUAUCUGCUCCCUAAAUUUUUCAAAGGUGCACAUCUACAAGAUUUGGAUGCAGCAGAAUAUGAGGAAGCUCCUGCUGUAUCUUACAAUAUGGCAUUUGACGAUCAGGAUCUUCAAGCAAGAUCAUCUAACAUUGAUGGAGGAGAAAUUCUUGAUGAAAUAAUCACAAGAAGCAGAGGUGAGAUCCGCCGUACACAAAGCCCUAAAGUGACAAGUUCCAGUCCAGGUUCAUUACACGACAUAAAACCUGCAUAUAGUCCGCGUAUGUCACUGAGGGCAUACAGUCCGCGUGUUAGUGAACUGAGGGCAGAAUGGAGCCCCCAUUCUAUUGGGAAGGGAGUUGAAAUAAAGCGAACUCCUAGUCCAGGCCCGUCUAGUCUUGGUCAAAGCACUCGCGGUUCAUCUUCAAGCUAAAGCCUUUAAUACAUAAUUCUGGUGAGUUUAGUUGUCAGUGUGCUCGAGAGGCCUUUCACUAAGAAUAUGUAACUGAGUGUUAUAUGUUUAGGUGUGUUUUUGUCUUCUUGGUUCAAAAAUUAGGAUAUCUGUCACUGCUUAUUUGCUCUGUAUGUCGCAGAUAGUUUUCUGGGAGUAUUGGUAUUAAUGAAAUAUGUGCAUUAUGUUGAAAGAA